AUGGAAAAGUCUCAACUUUUGCAAUGUGACUGGGGUAAUGUGGGUGAUAUGGAGUACAAGAAGAGGAAACAAGUUUAUACCGUUAUAAAGCAGAGUAAACAGAAAUCUAGCGCCGAUAGCAAGAGCAGCGCAGCGGAAAAAUCUUCGAAAUCUGGCAGUGCCAAUGGCAAUGGCGUAAGCAACAACUGCAGUAAUAACAACAACAACAAUAACAGUAGUCGCGAUAAUAAUAAUAUUUGCGGUAAACACAUAACGAAUGGGAAGACAAAUUGGAAUGCCAAGGGCAUACAGUGCAAUCCCAAUGGGCAUCGCGAUUCGACAGGGAAUGGCUUGAGCGCACAAGCGCAGCCGCCGAAAGUCUUUCACAAUGCGCGUUGUGCGCGCCACCACAAACCACAUCACAAUCAUAGCCACCAGAGCGGCAAUGGCAACGGCAACGGCAACAGCAACAGCCACAACAACAGCAAUGGCAAUGGUAACGUAAACAGUGGUAACAACAACAACAGCAAUAGCAAUGGGAGCCUUGCGAAUGGCAUAACACCGAAUGGUCUAACCGACCUGUGUCACCAUCAAUUGGCCAACUCGCCACCCGCACACGGACAUGGACACAAUCACACGCACACCAAUGGUGGCGGCCAUCGGCGUAAAUCGGAAUCGGUGCUGUCCACAGACUCGGAUAUACGUUUUACACGUCGCAAGCUGGGCGAUAGUCAGAAGUGCGGUUGUGCGGUGAUAGCAGGCUUCCUAGUCGCCCUACUCGUGGCCGGCGCAUUCGUUUAUGUGGGAUACACUUACUUCCGCCCAGAGCCCUUGCCGGAUCGGACGUUCCGUGGCAAAUUUUUGGUUAUGAACGAUAAAUGGUCCAUGGAACUGGCAGAUCAGAAUUCCCUGAGAUUUAAUCAUAAAGCACGCGAUUUUCGUGAACGAAUUAAUUUAAUAGUGAAACGCUCGGAUUUGCGUGAGGCUUACGAGGGUAGCGAGAUCUUGGCAUUGGAUGGCACGGAGGACACCAAUGAGGUUGUCGUGCAUUUCAAUCUCAUUUUCGACCCGUACGCUGGUCUCGUGUCCACAGCGGACCUGUUGGCACUGUUCAGUGAGGAGAUAAACUCGCCAUAUCGCAAAUAUUUUGCCAAUAUGACCGUGGAUCCACAAAGUUUAAACAUCAAAGAGGUGACCGGUAUCAUUGAGGAGCCGGUUAUGUCCUCAUCACCUCUAGGUGGUGAAGAUGAGACGACGGAAAUCAUUACAACCACACCUAAGCCACCACGUCGUUGCGAGCCGCUCAAGUUGAACUAUUGUCGUUCGAUUGGUUAUAAUAUUACCACAUAUCCGAACUUCUUGGGCCAUCAUUCUUUUGAGGAGGUACAAGCUGAUGUAAUCGCAUUUCGUGAAUUGGUCGAUGCCGAGUGUUUUCGUGAAGCUUUCGAUUUUGUUUGUCGUUUAUUGCAACCUCCUUGCGAUACGCAUGGUUCAUUUGAGCCGACAGCUGGUGUGAUGUGUCGGGAAUAUUGUCAGCUCUUUAUGAAGGGUUGUGGUAGUCGUUUACCUGCUCGUUUCAAGCGUUAUUUCGAUUGUGAAACAUUCCCUGAAUCGACGGGUAUACAGAGUUGUCAUCACAAGCCACAUUGCGCGCAUGACUUGCAGAAUAAUGCUCAAAGUCCACGGUUGUGUGAUGGCAUCGUGGAUUGUCCGGAUUUUUCAGACGAACGUACCUGUACCUUCUGCACGGGCAACUCGCUGUAUUGUGGUAGGGGGAGAGCAUGUGUGGCUCGCAAGGCCCGUUGCGAUGGUAAAGCUGACUGCCCAGACGGAUCGGACGAGAAAGAUUGUCUUGCAAUAGCUCCAUUGGCAUCCGAUCUUUUAAAACCCGAGCCAAUGGUGUCCUAUUUACCUCGCUUUCACUCUGAAGGUUUCGCAGUGUUCUCCGAGAAGGGCGUUGUGGGAAAGCUAUGCGCUGAGGGUCUGGAGGAGGAUAGUAAAUUAAUAGUACGCCAAACUGUUGCGGAGUCUCUUUGCAAGUCACUGGGUUAUGAAUCUGUGGAGAUAUUUGAAGUCCGCAACGACACAGAACAAGUGGAGGAUUAUGUGCGCGUACUGGAUCCACACGCGCCCGAGAUAUCUUUUAUACGGACGCAUUGCCAGAAACGGCAGGUGCUCUAUGUGGGCUGCGGUGAGUUACAGUGUGGUGUGCAGUCGGUUCUCUCGCCCAAGCAACAUCUAUCACUACCAAAGAUGUCUUCUCCUGGUGAUUGGCCUUGGCUGGUGGCGCUCUAUCGUGAGGACAUACAUGUUUGUGAUGGCACAUUGAUUUCACGUGAUUGGGUACUGACCACAGAGUCUUGCUUUCAAGGACAACCACGCGCCACAUGGAUGGCCAUCUUCGGUUCGGUGCGGCUCUCCUCCAGUGCGCCAUGGACGCAGCGUCGUCGCAUAAUUGGUUUGAUAAAGAGCCCUGUGGAGGGCUCUACAGCAGCUUUAAUUCGCCUUGAGACGCCAGUGAAUUUCUCAGAUCAUGUACGACCAAUUUGCCUGCCUGAUGAACUCAAACGCAAACAGGAGCAACAAGCGAAACGGCGCGCUUUUGUGCCAAAGGCGGAACGUCUAGAAGGCAAACGACCAGCGCCGGUAGUACCACCUACACCCAGCGCCAUUCAACGUCGGCUCGCAAAAGAAUCUCAACAAUUCUUUGUUUCGCCCGCGGUGGAACUGGAUGCAACAGACAUGCACAGCAGUAGUAGUAGUAGUACAGAGAGUAGAGAGGAAUACUCACGUUACGAGUUUGAUCCCUCCCAGGCGGCUGCCUCACAAAUGCCACAUGCCGAGGCGCUUAUGCAGACGAUGGAGCAAAAAUUCAGUGAAUACCCGCUGCCUAAGAGUGCACCACAAGUGAAUUACUAUGGUGGUUCAUCAGCUGGCCGAUACGCACCUAUGCCUGUGUCUGCAGGUGGUACUGUAGGUGCUGUUGGCCGUACACCAAUUGGCGCGGGGGUACAUAAAGUAGCCGUAGCACCGCCUAAAGUUGAAGAGAUCUGGACAAAUUGUAAUACGCUUGGCUGGUCCAGGCAGCGCGAUCAGCUACAACGCGUUCAGUUGAAGAUUGGUGAUAUGGCGCCGUGCGAGAACAUCUCAAUUGCGACAGUAAAUAGCAUGUGCACCGAGGCGACGUAUCAGAAGCACGAUUGCACGCAAGAGGAGUUCUCUGGUGCGCCCGUACAAUGUCUCAUACCAGGCACAAAUCAGUGGGCUUUACUCGGUGUAUCAUCAUGGCGUAUAGCAUGUGGACCAAGUGGAGUUGAACGACCCAGAAUGUAUGAUAAGAUCACAUCAAAUGCCGCAUGGAUAAGGGAAAUAUUAAGUGCAGCGUAGGCAUGAGGCAGUGAAGACACAAAAGCAAAAAGCAAAAAGCAAAAAAAAAAAAAA